CUUUUUUGUUUCCAGCCUAGAAAUGGUACCAUUGAGGUUUGCACUACAAUUCCAGUUCUCUACUGGGGCAGUCGGUUUUUUGACUCCCUCGGGAACGAGUACGAAAUUGGGAGAACGUGCACAUUUUAAUUGGUUAAGUCAGGGAAAUCGAUCUUUUUGAAAACUGUUAAGUGCGUUCACUCGUGCCCUAGUGAGCUAGGAUGGCAGCGUGGGGUUCGUUGAAAGUGGGGGGUCCCUCCACUACGACCACCACCUGCAGCAGUAACACCCGGCUAACGCGAACCCCCAGCAAAGGUGGAGUCGCAGGGUUGUUCAGUGACACGCUAACCGCUGCGCUUGGAAAGCGAAAGAAUCGCUUCAAGGAAAUCACCGAAGAGCUCAACCAACGGAUCAACAAGGAGGAAAAGGACGAACCCUACCAGAAGCCGCUGUUCAACACCGACAAAAUCAAACGCAUCAUGGAGCGGGUCAUCGAGAAGCAGUUCGAUGUGGACGAGGAGGAGAUGCGCUACAUUUACGAUCCGUCGAAGAACUUGCAAAUGUGUCAGAACAUAGCCAAGCAGAUCAAGGAUCGGAUUAAGCAUAUGAACUACAAGCGGCAUCGGAUCAUCAGCCUGGCUACCAUUGUCGAAAAACAACAGCAGGGGGUGCACUACAAAAUGAAGUAUAUCUUGGAUCCCAAGAUGGAUGACUACAUUCGGCACUAUCACGAGACGCCCCAUUUCUAUAUAAUUGCAACUGUGAUUUUGGUGCACAAAGAUUAAGUCUUUUGGAGAAUUAAUGCUAUAAGUUAUACACAAUAAUUGUAUUGCGUCGAAAACUGACCGCUACAAAUGAUAUAAACAUUGCAUAUAAAUUGUUCAAUGUGUUUCUACACACGU